AGAAGCGGAGGAAACGAAGAGGAGGAGGAGAAGCUGACGAUCCGAACCCGGAGAGAGGAGCCGACAGCCGGGGGAACCUGCGGCCGCGAGUCGGUGUCUCUGGAGCUUCUCCCCGGAUCCCCGCGGAGCCCUGUCCCGGAAAGAUCUGGAAACAGUGGACACUUAAACAUCACUCAGGCCUUGAGUAAUAAUGAUGGCGACGGCGGAGCCUCCGAGCAGCUCCAGCCUCCUCCCUCUGCUGGAGUCCCUGGAGGACAGCGCUGCUGGACAGUCCGAGCACACGGACGCAUACCUCACCAUCGCCAGCCGCCUCAGCGGAGAAGAAGCUCGUCAGUUCCUCCCUGCAGUUGAAAAGCACUUUUCUCGUCUGGGUAAAAGCAUCUUGAUCCACGUCACCAGUCCGAGCGCCGAGCUGAGCCAAGCCGCCCUGCAGGCGCUGGGGUUCUGCGUGUACCAUUCUCCAGUAGUCUCCGGCGUGCCUGAAGCCUUUGCAGCAGAAAUAGUGUCAGCACUUUGCUCCCUGGUGGUGAAGUCCACGGACAAGAACACGUGCACCAGAGCCUUGUGGGUCGUCUCCAAACAGAGCUUUCCUCCAGAUGUAGUUUCCAAAAAAGUUCCGUCUAUACUGGGAACGCUGGAGAGUGUGUGGAGCAGGGAAGACAUCCAGUCUGUUGUAAUGGAGCAUGAAGCCUUGAACGUAAUCAUCAGGUUGCUGGAGCAGGUUCCAGCUCCGAUGGGCGAUGGAGCCGUGCGCUGGGCGAAGCUGGUCAUUCCUCUGGUCGUCCACUCCGCCUCCAAGGUGCGUCUCCGGGCCGCGGCCGCCAUGGAGAUGGGAAUGCCCCUGCUGCUGGAGAAACAGACGGGGGUGGCGGCGAUCAUCGAACCAAUGAUGGCGACGAAACUGAUCCCAGAGCUGCAGAAGCUUUUCAUGUCCAAGAACGAAGCAAACGUCCUGAAGCUCUGGCCUUUAUUUGUGAAGCUGCUCGGGAAGAUGCUGCACAGAGGAGGUCCCUUCAUCAACUCUCUGCUGCAUCUGGAGGAGCUUGGAUUCCGCAGCUCCUCCCCGACCAUCAAGAAGAUCGCCUUCAUCGCCUGGAAAAGCCUCAUAGACAACUUCUCCCUCAAUCCAGACAUCCUGUGCAGCGCCAAACGUAUCAAGCUCCUGAUGCAGCCGCUCGCCUCCAUCCACGUCCGGACCGAAGCUCUGCUGCUCACCAAGGUGGAGGUGUGGUGGUACCUGGUGGUGCAGCUGGGACCCAACCUGGCCUCCAACUUUGAUCAGGUUUCUGUGCCUUUGCUCCAGUGCACCAUCGGGUGUGACGGCUCCUCCGUCCCAGCCACUCCCUCCAGAGCCGUCACUCAAAAUGGUGCCACUACACCUGGAACACCCAAGACCGCAGCUACUCCGGGCUUCAACAGUCCGGCCAACACGUCUCGAAUGAGCCUGAACUCCAGCGUCAUGGUGCCCUCCACCUUCCCCUCCAUCCAGCUGCUCGGCCUGGAGAUGCUGCUCCACUAUUUCCUGGGACCGGAGACUGUUGCCACGGCAGCGAAAAGAAAACUCACCCUGAGUCUCGAGCCCCUGAACCACCCGCUCGUCUCCGGCUCCUCCUCCUUCACCAAACACGCUGCUGUCCUCAUCUCGACCCUCAGAGAUGGAUUCAUAAGCGUCGGCAAAGACGCUCCAGAUGCUCUUUUGAACGUUUUAUGGACGAAUCUCGUGCGUUUCGUCAACAUGACCAUAGAGUCCGGCGGCAGUAAGAAGGACCGACAGGGAUCUGAAGUUCUCACCCUGAUGCUUCAGGCUCUGCAGAGCAUCGUCACCUCCGAGAAUCUGCCUGCACACAAAGUCCUGGUUCUGCUGGAGGCCACGGUGAAGGGAAUUCCUCAGCGAGUUCUUGGCUCCGCCUCUUACCAAGUCGGCAAGAUGGACGUGCUAAAUGGAACACCAGCUCUGUAUCUGGUCCUGCUCCUCUACAACAGCAGCAUGCUCUCGGCCUACAUCGAGGACGAGAGAUUCUUCCAGUGCCUUCAGACCCUGGUGGGCUGCGGCCUGUCGGGCCACACCUCCCCGCUGGCGUUUGCCGAGGCGGUGCUCGGCGCCAUCGGAGGCAGCGCCGGGUCCCUGCAGAGCAAAGAGCAGCUGUGGAGGAUGUGGAGCGUGAUGGUCUCUCCGCUCACAGACACCAUCACACAGUCUAAUGAAGUGAACCAAGGUGACGCUCUGGAGCACAACUUCAGCGCCAUGCACGCCGCGCUGCUCUUCCCCGUCACACACCUCCUGCGUGGCCCCCCCCUGCAGCAGGCGUCCCAGAAGUCGAUGUUGUCCACGUGGUCCAAACUGUACAAGGUGUUCGCCCGCUGCUCGUCGCUGGUGGUCACGGCCGAGGAGAACAUCUGCUGCGAGGAGCUCUGUGGGAAGAUGACGGCUUCGAUGGACCGAGACGCCCUGAAGGUCCCUUCAACUUUAAAUGCAGUUUCCAGCCUCCUCCAGGUGAUGGUGGAGUGUGUGGACUUCUCUCCGUACUCUCCUCAGUUCCAGCAGAAGCUAAAGUCUCCUCACACUCCUGUGAACUGGAUGAGGAAGAGGAACAAGGCUCUGGGGAACUUGUCCACGUUUCAGUCCCUGCUGGUCCAGUGUCUGGAGGUUUAUCUCCAGGCCCCCAAGUUGUCGUCGGAGGCCACCGGAGUCUCGCUGGUCUCCAUCAUGUCGGCUCUCUUCACCAAUCUCAUCCUCGCGAACGCCGUCCAGGAGGCGCUCGCUUCUCUGGUUCAACCUCUCUCACUCCUCUACAAGCAUGCAGCCGUCGAGCUGCCCGAGUUCACAUCGCUGCUCCUGACAAAGCUGGAGAAGCUUCUUGGUGACGUCCUGGGCUGCGUUCAGAGCCGCUCUUCUCUGGCCUUCAACGACGAGCUGCUGGCUCUGCUCUCUCCUCUGCUGUGUGUGUUGUUUCCACUCAAGAACAAGCAGCUCCGCACGCCGGUCAUCCAGUUCUGGAACGCCACCUUCGCCAACUCGGUCAGCCUCGCUUACCCCGAAGAGAUCAGACCGAUCCUGAGCCAAGUGAAGCAGAAGAUCCCGAUCAUUCUUCCCGGCUUUGAGGUCGUCUCUGGAGAUCUCAGUGGCCAAUAUUCCAGUGAGAGUUCCCAGUUGGAGACCAAGCUCAGUGGGAUUCCCGUGUCGUCGGUGGGAAAGAGGGACUCGCUGCUGGGGAAGGCUGCGGAGCAGAAGGACAAGAUCUCCAUGAAGACGUCCAAGCCAGUUUCUACUAAGCUGGAUUUUGGCUCUCCCAAGCCCCCCCGCAGAGAGGUCUUGGAGGAAGAGGCCUCCAUUGACUUUGUCUUCAUUCCUCCUGAGACGAAGGAGAGAGUUCUGACCGAGCACCAGAAGGAGGUGAAGAGGACUAAAAGGAGUGACAUCCCGGCCAUGUACAACAACCUGGACGCUUCUCUGGAUACAACAGUUUUCACUCAGUACACUCAGAGCCAAGAGGACUCCUCGGAGAAACUGCAAACGGAACAAAAUGACAAGGUCAGCAAAGAAACUCCUGACGAGGUUCCACAGGAAGAGAUGGAAAAGGAGGAAGACGCUGAAAUUCCAGCAAGAGCGACUGGAGACUGUUCCAGCCCAAAAAAAACAGAAGAAGAGACAGAGAACCACCAGGAUGAAGAAAUGACCCCUGAGCCAGCAGAUGUUUCCAUGGAGGAAGAUGCCAAGAGUGACGAUACAGCAGAAGACAUGGAGUCUAAAGACGACUUGAGUCCUAACGUCUCCAGCUCCUCAGAUCUGGUCUCGGGGACUCCUCAGAAACCCAACAGUCGCCGUCAGUCCUUUAUCACUCUGGAGAAGUAUGCCGAGGGCAAACCUGCCAGCCCCAGCAGCACAUUCACAGGUCGCCUCGGAAAGUCCUCCAGUAGCCAAGAACGCUCCAAAACCAGCAAGGCGUCUUCUUCUCAGUCCUCCCAGAUAUCUGCUGGUCCAGACUCUCUGGAUUCCCAAUCCCCUGGAAGGAUGGACUCGCAGAAUCCUGUUAACGAUUCCACUGAGUCCCCUCGGCGACCUAAAGACUCUGGGAUUAAGAGCGAGCCUGUCAGGCUGACUGAGCGACUGCCCAGCGACCCGUCAGAGAACGAAGACGUUAUCCCAGACACCCAAACGGAGGCAGAGGAUAUGCAGCCGUCGAGUCAGGAAGAGGAACUGAACGAUUCUCAGUCUACGUCGCGGGUUUCUCAAGGGAAGACCAGGCACUCUGGGCGCCGCAAAAUCAAACCUGUGCUGCCCGGAGAGGACCCUGAAUCCCAGGGAGAAAAGACCUCGACCAAAAGAAGACGUUCUGGGGAGAAGCUCAACAAUGAUUCUCCAGACUCGACACAAAGCAGAGUAACCAGGAGAAGUCAGCAGAUUUCUGAGGAAGCCAGUGGCAGAGAGAAGUUACGAACGAGGGCUCAGAGGGAAAAGAGCGAGACGAGCCAGACUGACUCUCAGGGUAAAGCCCACAAGAAGAUCAAACUGCAGAGCAACUUGGAUGAGUCCCUCGAUAAUCCUGAAUCCAGAAGAGGAAGACGAAGAAGCACCAGAGAGCAGGAGUCCAGCCAAACUGUUCUGCAGUCCGAUGGUGAAAGCCAGUCACAGAAAAAGCGCGGUCUCCCUAAAAGAGCAUCAGAGAUUAACAAGGAGGUUGGAGUCAAGAGAAAGAUGAAGGAUUCACAGGAGAAAGAAGAGUCCAGCCAAACUGACACACGGGUUGUAGAACAGAAGGAAAAGGAUGAUGAUGAACUAAUGAACGACUCUCAGAUGAACUCUCCUUCUCCUCAAACUGGUGCUAGAUCUCAGGACUCUGAGGUUGUAGAACAGAAGGAAAAGGAGGAUCAGGAACUAAAGAGUGACUCUCAGAUAAUUACUCCUUCUCCUCAAACUGAUACCAAGUCCCAAGAGUUUGAUGUUGGAGAACAAACUGAGCAGGUAGAACAUGAACUACUGAACGACUCUCACAUAAUCAGCGCUUCCCCUCAAACUGGUGCCAGAUCCCAGGACUCUGAGGUUGUAGAAAAGGAGGAUCAGGAACUAAAGAGUGACUCUCAGAUGAUUAGUCCUUCUCCUCAAACUGAGACCAGAUCCCAAGAGUUUGAACUUGAAGAACAAACUGAAAAAGACGCCGUUAAGCCAAAAGAUUCUCAAAUCCUAACCUCUUCUCAACCUGAUGUCCAAUCCCUAGAAUCUGAGCGUGUAGAGGAGACCAAAAAGGAGGAUGGUUCGAUAUCCGUCUCAACCAAUGAGGCCCAAGACGGAACCGACACGACAAAGGAGUUUGAGAAUGAAUCGGAGGUCAAAGGCAAACCCAAGACAAGCGAUGCCGUAGAUGAGGACCUUAGUCAAGAGGACUCUGAAGUGAUCACACCUGUAUCUUCUGAGAGCCAGUCUCGGCGUAGAUCCGGAAGAAGCAAGGCUUCAGCAGAGUCCGAAGACAAAAGUGACAGUCAGCCUUCAUCAGGAAGAGGAAGACGCUCAAACUCGAAGAUGUCAGCUGUAACUCAGGCAGAGGAAAGCAUUGGAGGUAGAACCAGAAGAAGCAAAUCAACUCCUGGCUCAACCCCGGAGAGUUCUCAGUCGUUAGAAGUCUCUGGAUCUUUGGAGUCCUCCCAAGGCAGGGGCAGGUACUCCAGACGGAAGUCGUCCCAGGCGUUAGUUCCCAGUUUGGAGUCUUCAGAGUCUGAAAGCUCACAAGCCAAAGAAAUUUCUGUUAUGCCCAAAAAGAGAGGGAGGAAAUCGAAAGCUUCCCUUCCCAGUCCUCUCGCCGCUGAUUGUAAAAUAGAUGGAAUUGAUAACGAUGUGGCAAAGAGUGUGGUUGAUGAUCCUCAAGAAGAAGAUGCGCAAAUCACAGAAGCCACAACUGAAACAGUUUUAGACGAAGCACAGAAAAGCCCAAAUGUUCAGGAUUCUGAAUCCUUCCGGGAUGAAGCUGAACCGGAUGAGCAACCUGACCAAGAGUCACCAAUGGAGGAAGAGGCUGAUGCUGUCGUGGCCUCAGAACCUGUCGUUCCAGGGAAAACUGAGAUUGAAGACAAAGAGGGAAGCGAUGUGUCUCCGAGCAAGACAGAGCAAAGAGACUCUCCAACAAAAACUGAUGGAACUUCUUCUCAAGAGAGAGACACUGAGGACGUAGAAGUGCCUGAACCAGCUGGGGUCAGUAAUGAGCAGAUAGAGGAAACUGUGCCUCCUGCUGUGGAGACACUGGUGUCUCUGGAUGAGACCACGGAGGAACCUCAGGUCUCAGAGUCUCCAGAGGACCAAGCUGAAGACUUUUCUGAAACUGGGGACAGUGAUAAAGAAAAUGAACAAGCUGAUUCAGACCAAGAACAUCCAGUUGUCCCAGUGGAAGCUGAACCUCAGGAUGGGAAACGGGUUGAGAUUCCGAAAGUCACGGAUGAGCCUUCAAAGGAGGAGGAGCCAUCGGAGCAGUGCACAGAGCUCAUCACGGAGGAAGACGCCGCACCUCCACCAGAGGAUGAUGAAGACAACAACCAGAUGAUGGAGUGUCAGGAUGAAGAGCAAACUCAGGCGGCCGACGCUGAGGACGAUGUAGUCGGAAGUUUGAACGCGGCUCCGACUGAUCCGUGCUACGCUCCAGUGUUUGCAGAUUCCUCUGAUAAAGAUGCUUUUCAGGAUUCUCCCAUGAGGCAGAAGAACCUGGAGGCUGUCAUGGGCUUAGAUGUUGGCCAGAGCCCCAGCGGUGGCAGGACCAGAGGAACCUGGUCUCCCUCGGCCUCCCCCUCCACCAGCAUCCUGAAGAAGGGCCAGAAAAGACCCCUGGAGGACGAGACCCCCUCGCCUCUGGUCAAAUCCAGACGUGUGUCUUUUGCCGAUCCCAUCCAGAGGCAGGAACUGGCCGACGACAUUGAUCGUCGCAGCCCGGCCAUCAGAACCAGUUCUCCCAGAAGAUCCAGAGCGAGCGCCAUCCCUCUACCCAAAUAUGUCACGACUCCGACAAAGGGCUUGUUGAUCCUGAGCCCCAGAAAUCUGCGUAGUCCAGGUUCCAAGAGCUCCAAGAAAUGCCUGAUUUCUGAAAUGAACCAAGAGCCCCGUCCUGUCCCCAGUGACUGUAUCUAUCCGGCCCUGGUCGGCUGCUCUGCCCCUGUAGAGGCUGUGCUGCCUCAGAUCUCCUCCACCUUGUGGUCUCGUGGGUUCGGGCAGCUCGUUCGGGCCAGAAACAUCAAAACGGUCGGUGACCUCAGCGCUUUAACGCCCCUCGAGAUCAAGACUCUUCCCAUUCGCUCGCCGAAGAUCUCCAACGUCAAGAAGGCACUUAAGUUUUAUGAGCAGCAGCGUAAAGGUCGAGGUGGCGACGAGCUGAAGAGUCUCGAUGAGAUGGAGUUGAUGACGUCUGAGCUGGAGGAGACCAGUGCUCCUCAAAACCAGGAGGACGAGGACAAGGCCUCAGGCGAGACUCUCGCAACGGAGCUGAUGGACGAACCCGUUCCUGCCGAUGAAAGGUCUCACCAGGACGCCUCCGGGGAUCAAACCCCCGACACGCCAACAGGAGGAGGAGGAGUAGAAGACGAAGGACGGCUUCAUGGGGACGGUCUCCUGGCGGACGUGGACACCCUCACCUGCAGGAUGACGCCACUGGAACUCAGUCGCUGCUCGCCGCUGCAGCUCGUCCACGUGCACGAGCAGCUGGGCGGCCUGAUGAGCCGCGUGGUCGGCGAGCUGCAGACACGCCUCCGCCAGGCUGACGGCAAAACAUGAAGCGACCCCUGGUGGUCUGACUGCUGCACCGGCGUGAGGAUGCACAUGAAUUAGAAGGGACGUGUUGGACUUCAUGUUGAAUCAGAUGAUUUUACCUGGGAAAGCCAGAAUCCUCGGCCUUUUGUCACCUCUUUGCCUUUUUGCUCUCUGAGAAAGGUCUUUUUUUUUAAAUGAAUUCAGCAGCACAUCACUUUUAUCUCUGUAGCUCGAGCUGUUGUAGUUGAUUUUAACAAACACUCCGAGGGAAGCAUGGUCACACUUUGUAAAGCUGUGACUACAGAUGUGUUAUUAGCUGUAGUGGGGACAGGAGAGUGUUUAACCCUCUGUAGACGCUGUGAUGAGGCACUGGUGCAGUAUUAAUUGAAUAUACCCUGAGACAUGUUUUGUACAGAUGAGGUCACUUCCUCCUGAGCCGGGUUUUCUGGCCGUUUACAACUCAUCAGUGCUCUUGUACAUUAUUGUAGCUUCCUGGUUUAUUUUCUAUCGUCCCACACAAACGUUUUAUCUCUUAAUGUAAAGAAUCGAACAUUAGAACUGGCUGCACUUCUCUAUUUGUGACUUUUAAAUACUUUAAAUAUAAAAACUGACGAGUACUUUUAAAAUACAUUUUUUAAAAGUAAAGUGUUGG